AUGGUGCAGGGCUUGGGCAAGGACCACCUGCUGAAGCACGACACGCCCCCGCAUCGCCCCAAACCGCCUGCAUCUGGCUUGCGCUGGCCCUCGGCCGCGCUGCCGUCGCACCACACGAAGACCCCGGUGAGGACGGAAGACGACUUGCUUUACAUGCGCACUUUGCCCACGUUCAACGAAAUGCUGCGAGCAUCGGAUGCCGAGGCGCUUCUCUCCUUCCUCACGGUGCCGUACAUCAGGAUGCCAUUGGUCAUGGCCUUCUUCACCACCGGGGAUCGCGUGAACUCCCUCUUCGACCGGGGCUUACAGGAGAUCCUGGAGGCGGUGGUCCUGGAGCCGGGGAAGCUCUUGGAGCCGACGCACUGGUCUGACGCACCG